GGUGAUAGUCUGUGACAUGGUUGGUUGGCCUUUCCAAGCCUUGGGGAUGCUAGAAUUGGCACAGAGCCCCGGGACUUCAAGGCAUCUGAAGAAGGUCUGUAGCUGGGGAAGGAGAACUUGCUUGGGGUGCCCGAGUUUUGUUUUCUUCCAUGGGAUGUGCCUCUCAGGUGGAUGUUUGCUCGAGUGUUGUCCUCAAAAAAGCUAUCUACAUCUCUGUCUUUCCCCUUUGUUCGUCACAAACCUGUGAUGGUUUUCUUCUUUCUUUUUUGGCAGAGGAGUGGCUGAAGUAAACAACUCUGUUUUGGGUGUUGAGUAGACUGUCCUUCAAGAAUCAGUGAAGUCAGGUUCCUGUAAACAACUCCCAACUUGUGGCUCUGCUUGGGUGAAGUAGAGCCUUACAGGUAGAAUGAGAGGGGACCUCUGAGGUGAUGGGGUCAGUGCCUUGACCUCUUGGACCCACCUCAGCUGUACCUAGCCUGGGAUGUCUCUGGGGGUGAGAGGCUCUCCAGGUUCUGAGAACAGUGCAGUACUUGGAAUCUAGUUGUUAGAAAGCUUUUCUGUGUGUUUAGUAGAAAUGAUCUCCAUCUGAUGUGUUCUGCCCCAGUUUUUAUCGGUCCAUGAAUAUUGUAUAUGUGGCAGCCUUUCAAGUAUUUGAAGAAAAUCCCUCUGUAUGUAUUCCUUUCGAGAGUUUUAGUUUUCAAGAUGAGAAAUCUGUGUUUCUUUCAUUAUUCUGCCAACAGGAGGUGUGGUUUUAGGUCUGUUUUCUGCUGGUCUCAGCCUAUUAAUAACCAACGCGGUCGGACUGGCCCUUGUGGUUAUUAUGAUUGUAAGACACCUUUCAGUAAUAACCAUCAGGAAACUUUGAAAAAAACAAAGGUUUAUUACUUACAGAGCCUGGAAAUUUUAUAGCAUACCUGGGGCCACACAGUGAAGUGGGAGGCUGUGAAGAGAGAGAUUGAGGGAGCACAGGCCUGGGUUCUGCUUUUAUUGGAGUCGAGGGUGAGGGCCUAGGGGUUUCUGAGGCUUGAUCUUUAUUGGGGAGUUUACAACCAAACUUAAAGCUUGGGAAGAGAAAAGAUAAGUGGCCCAAAAGGUCUCUUAUCAAAAUCAACUAAGAGCUGAUCUCAAAUAGAGGAUACUCUGGGGGGAGGUGUCCUGGUUCUACCUCAUUGAGUGGCAGGAGGCAAAAUGUUUAUUCCUCACCAAUCUAAACUUAGGCACUGGCAUUACAGACAAGAAAAACCUCACGGCUUACACUGCAGGGUCCUUUUCCUUCGCUCAUUUUGCGUAUGACAUUACCGUGUCCAUAUUUCCCUUAAGAAGGGAUAUUCAGGUUGGAACACGACUCUCCAUGUGUAGUCUGACAAACCCAGUGUGGACUGGAAUCCUGAGCCCCCAUUGUCACAGCUGUGCAGCUGUGUGGACCCGGCUGUAGCCUCCUUGGUUGUCAGUCACGAGACCUUCCCAUGCCUGCUGCUGCUUGAACCAUCUUCCUCACUGUCCACAGGCAGUUGAUUUUGGAAGGAGCACUGUGAGAGUAAGGUUGUCCUGUUGGCCAUUUACCCCAGAGUAGUGGAUUACGUUGAGAAUUGCAAGUCACGUGGGUGGUCGGUAAUAAGCAGUGAUUGUAUCCAGUGUGAGGGAGGCAGGUUAGCAAUAUCGAACCCUAUAUAGAUGGUCCCAUGCAUCCCACCGGUGACAACAGGUAGGGUUGCCCCAUAGUUUUUAGUCUGUCAUCUGGGGCAAAGAUCACCAAUGUGUUUUGUGUUAAAGAAUGUUUCUCCCUUGGGAAUUUUUAAAAGCUGCUUUUGGUGUGGGGUAACGAACGUAGGCCUUUGGCUAGACAGCCCUGAGUUUGAAUUCUGGCCUUCUUCUCACACACUGGUGUGUGAUCAUGAGCAAAGUAGCUGCUCAAUUUGCCUCGUCAUGUCGUGAAACUAAAAGGAGCUCCAGUGGCUGGCAGGUGGUACCUGUAAAAAGUUGUAGCUCUUUUUAGUAAAAGGCUAGCUUUUGCAUACUUUCAAAGUGAGGAGAAGUUGAAAAUAAAUGAUAGGUUACUUAGUGGAAAAUAAAAUAUACCCAAUAUAUAGUUUUUGCUUUCUGGAGAUAGAAUGAUGAUACUGAGGUAGAAUGAUAGAACAUUGUAUGCAGGGUUAGAGCCUCCGUGGAGUAUAUGUGGUUUCCAGGCCUUUUCCUAAAUAGACCUUUAAGCAGCAAAUGCAACUCCACUUUUAAGCAGUGACCUAAAUUUUCAGAUGACUGCCCCAGACUAGAGGUGUAGACUGUCACCUCAGCACUAAGUGGCUUAUCCAAGAUUAAGCAUGACCUCAUUAGCACUCCCCCUGCAGCUAACUUUGCUGGCCGUGGACCCUAACCCUAACAGUGGCUCUGAAACGAGUUGAAAUGGGGUGAAAGUCUAGUAAUUGGACCACCCCAGUGCUUUGGAAAGUAUGACCUUCAGCUCUAAAAUCUUGAUGAAGAUGAACGAUCCCAACCAUAAAUGGAAGAGCGUUUGUGCUAAGCCCCAUGUUUUACAUAUUUUGUGUGUUUGUUGUGAGAAGCGGACGAUUCAUCGUGCAGUCACUUGUUUUUAUUCCUGGAAAACCUCUCCCGGUGCGGUCGCCAGCAGCGUGUGUGUGUAUGGGGUCUCUACUGCUGAUGGUUCUCGUUCUGCUGUUAGAAAUGCAGACGACUGGGAGGGGGGAGGUGAGGAUAAACCUUGUGAUCAUAAAUUAUGAUACAGGAAGUUGUCCUGAUUCGGAGAAUGUGUCAGUCUUCACGAAGCCUGGUGGUUUCUGUUUUUCCCAACAGUUUUAUGUCAGACGUUUUGUAAAACGUUACCAUUUUAUGUGACGUAAAGUCAUUCUUUUCAAAAUAGUUAUGUGGAGUAAGUAUAAAAUUGGAGAAGAUAUUUUUUGUGGUUUAGGAAAAGUAAGACCUCCUCAGCUGGGAGAAUGUUAUCCCUGAAUUAGAUGGAGGAACAUUGUAUGUUAGCAGUUGGCUCACAGGGGGUCACGCUUUUGUCUUCUUGAAGGCAGCUGGGAAGAAAGUAAGCAGUGGACCUUCUGUUGGUCAGAGGUGGAGAGGUUGCCGAGCAUACACUGCCAGAGGGGUGUAGGACGUCUAGUAGCAGCUGUAGCCUGGAAACAGAUUUUGUACUUGUUACGAUAAAACGUCACCAUUCAUCCAGUUGGGUGAGAGAGUUUUGUUAGUGGUGUUUUUGCCUAAAAUUUGUACAUCCAGAUAUCCAAAAGAACAGACUGAAUGGAUCGCUUGCCUUGAUGUUUAUGUGUAUGUGGGGGUGUAGAGUUGUCAGAUAAAAAUAGGACACCAGUUAAAUUUUAAUUUCAAAUAAGAAUGAGUAACUGUAGUAUUUGUUGUUUACCUUAAUUUCAUUCUUUUUUGCUUUUAAAGAAUGAUUUACCAAAAGUGAUCUACAACACUUGAAAUAUUCAAAGAGAAGCUGAUAUUAGCAUGAUUUUUUUUUUUUUAGACCUAUCUGUGUUCUUUUUGUGUUUAUAUUCAGUGACUUUGUCUUGUGUCCCUGUUAGGGCAGAUCUAUAUUCAAGAUAAUUUCAGUCCUAAAUAGCUGACUUUGUAGAUUGACAAUUUGUACUGAAGUAUCGAAUUCAUACUUAAAUGAUGUUUUUCAGUUGUCAAAUAUGUUUUAGGUACCUCAGGGUCAUUUGGAUUCAUUCGAUAUUACGAACUACAAACUUACUUCUGGAUGGAUACAAUGGAAUUUCAUACAUAACUUUUGGUUUGUUUUUAACCUUCUGAAUUUGGCAUCCUUGGGGUGGGGUGGUGGGUGGGUACCGACAAAAUACAUUCCACGUGUAUUAUUUUAGAAUUCGAAAUUGGCUGUUAUUAGAAACUCUGUUGGGCUUUUACCUGUUCCGUAAACAGCUCUUUGGAAACUUUUUCCAUUGCAGUAUCGCCUGAGUGUGGUCUUGACGAUGGGAGGUGCUGUGAGUGCUGGUGAGGACAACGAUGAACUGAUAGACAAUUUGAAAGAAGCACAGUACAUCCGGACUGAGCUGGUGGAGCAGGCUUUCCGAGCUGUCGACCGCGCAGACUAUUAUCUGGAAGAAUUUAAAGAAAAUGCGUAUAAAGACCUGGCGUGGAAGCAUGGAAACAUCCACCUCUCAGCCCCGUGCAUCUACUCAGAAGUCAUGGAAGCUCUGGACCUGCAGCCAGGCCUCUCCUUCUUGAACCUGGGCAGCGGCACUGGCUACCUCAGCUCCAUGGUGGGGCUCAUUCUAGGUCCUUUUGGUGUGAACCACGGGGUUGAACUCCAUUCAGAUGUAAUAGAAUAUGCAAAGCAGAAGCUGGACUUCUUCAUUCGAACCAGUGACAGCUUUGACAAAUUUGACUUCUGUGAACCUUCCUUUGUUAUUGGCAAUUGCCUGGAGAUUUCUCCAGAUUGUUCUCAGUACGAUCGUGUGUACUGUGGGGCUGGUGUGCAGAAAGAGCAUGAAGAAUACAUGAAGAGUCUUCUCAAAGUAGGGGGCAUCCUUGUCAUGCCGCUGGAGGAGAAGUUGACUAAGAUAACACGAACUGGUCCUUCUGCUUGGGAAACCAAAAAGAUUCUGGCUGUUUCUUUUGCUCCUCUGAUCCAGCCCUGUCAUUCAGAGACAGGAAAAUCAAGACUUGUCCAGUUACCGCCGCUGGCCGUGCGAAGCCUCCAGGACCUGGCUCGCAUCGCCAUCCGGGGCACCAUUAAAAAGGUCAUUCGUCAGGAAACGGUGAGCAGCAGCGGAAACGGACUAAAGAGCACUCCGGGGGUGAAACGAAGGAGAGUGCGCCGCCGUCGAAUGGAAACGAUCGUCUUUUUGGACAAAGAGGUUUUUGCCAGUCGGAUUUCCAGCCCCUCUGACGACAACAGCUGCGAGGACUUGGAAGAGGAGUCGCGGGAGGAGGACAGAGCCCCCCCGCCCGAAGCCAAGCCAGCCCCACCGGUGAACUUCCUACGGGAGAAGGUCCUGAGCCUCCCUCUGCCAGACCCCCUGAAAUACUACUUGCUCUAUUACAGGGAGAAGUGAGUCUGUGGGAACAGGGCACCGAGGCAGAGCUGAUGCUGUGCCUGCUGUCCCCGAGGGGUCGCCCGGGCACGUGCCCUGGUGAAGGAAAGUGCUCUCCUCUCGACCUUCCUGUCUUUAGUUCGUUCUUGGUUUUCCUGUAGAAUCUCCAUUCAGUGGUGUCAUUUCAGUAAACAUAAUCUGAUAAACAUAAAGUGCAUAGGAGAAGGUUUUCUCAGAAGGGAGAGCAUCUCUUGAGAAGGGUGUUUGCUUUUUGUUCUGAUGAAACUCUGACGUCUGCCUGCAGAGACCGCUUUGGUGACCGUCUCCCACUCAAGAUAACCUACGAAGAGUGAAGUUGAAAGGAACCUGUGUUGCUUAGAAAAAGUGAAAGUGCAAGUUUGCAAGUGUGUAAAAUCUUUUCUGGGUGUGACACACCUGUGUCCAAGUUAGCACUUUAUGGUGUCAGCCUCGUAAUUACUGGCGCUGAGCUCCCCUAACCCUUUUAGUUCUCUGGAUGGGGGGAGCGUUAUUGAAAAGCUCUCCCUUAUUUUAAAUAAAUGUAAUUAGAUUGUAUGUGGGUUGUCCACUGUAAUUGUAAAAGAGAGAAAUUUGUGAUGGGGGAGGAGGAAUAAAAGUAUCAAACUGCCAGAUGUCUUUCUGGGAUUCCAAAAUAAUUCAAGGAAUAUCUUCCUGACGCCUUUUCUUACCUUUAGAAGAACCAGUGUCAGAUAAUCCCUUAAAGAAAAUACUCAAGAAUGAAGCGAGCAUUGUGCGCAGUGACCUGCCUUACUUUUACUCCAACGGUGGGGAUGACUGUUGACGCAACCUUGAGUGUGUUAAUGGGUGCCUAGGGCAUGGAUGUGCUCGGUCCUCAAAACAGGUGGGAAGUAUUAAGACUGCAGGAAAUACAUUGGAGACAAUGUCACAACAACCUGUGCUGUUUUUUCUUUUUUCCUUCAGUUGGCUACUUUUCUGUAAUCACAUUAAAGUAAUGAUUAAUAGAUUUUAUCUUUUAUAAUUCCGGAGAAGAAGAUGUGUUAGUUUUCUAAUUUUUCUUAAUAACAAAUGUAUGUAUUUUAGUAGCUCCAUUGCAUUAGAAUAACAACAGUCUAACCCCCAGGGACUUGUGGAUUCUACCUUCUCUAGGCCCUUUGUGUUGACAGGUUUCUGUGUUUACCAAGUUCCAAAACAUUGGUUCUUUUCAAACUUGCUUUUUGUGCCCAAAGAAGAAAACAGUGGUAUCAAAUGUUAACGGUAGACCCAAACUCAGAGUGCUGCUGUGGGAUCAGUCAUCCAGAUUUUAUGACUGAUUUUAUCCGGUGUUGCUGAGCUUGAGUGUGUCUUUGUGGUUUCACCAGCUGAACCGAGUUCUGCUUAUUUAUUUAUUUAUUUAUUUAUUUAUUUAUUUAUUUAUUUAUUCUUAAACUUCUCUUGUUUUUUAAGUAAUUUAAUCAUUUUCUACAGGAUACUAUGUGCAUGCAGAGCUGGGAAAAUAUGUCUGUUGCCCUAGAUCUGGAAAUGUAAUUUUUUAUAAAGACAGUUACUUCACAGUUGUUCUCAACCUGGCUUCUAACGGAAGGCUGGGCGUCACUGUCUCAGAAGCGCCCAGGUUACGUUUACGUGAGGACUUGAGAUCACUUAGUGGUGCGCACCUCUGUGCCGACGUCACGCUGACCGGAGUGUACUGAUCUCUGCGAUCCACGGACAUUCGGAGCAUAAGGUCAAAUACAUAUUUGUGAAAUCUGUCACACUGGGUGGCUUGACUAAGUUCUUUUCCUAUAAUUGUACAUGGGUUUUAUUUAUUUUUUAAAUCACAUUUGCCUUCACGCUAGACUGUAAAGCCUCUUCACCGUGCAUAAGACAUGUUUUUCCCUACAUAGGUUAGACCUUUGCUAACAUUUGUGUUCGUAUUUACAUGUUGUCUGUUUGCGAUACUUAACCAGAAUUUGGUUAAAAAAAUAUAUAUAGAUGUAAUAUAUGUGAAAUAGUUUGGUGUUUAUCUUAUACACGUAAAGAAGAAUUGUAAAUGGGUUUUCCCGGGCCGCAGUGCCCCUCCCCAGAGUCCAGGAUGAUGCACUGCUGUCUGUUCCCCGACAGAUGGAUUAUGUAUAGUCUGUGUGGCCUGUAACCUCUGUAUUGUAAACCACUUUCUAGACAGCUGUGGACUUUUAUGUUCUGAGGAGUAUGUAUUUCUGUGUGUGAUUUGUGUCUUGAAAGUAGUAAAGCCACAGACACGUACACAGCAAAUGUCAAAUUUAUAAAUAUCAAGGAUGCAGUGUAAAAAUCAACUGUGUAUGUAAGAAUGCUUUUGCCAGUCUGGACCUUUCAGGGAAUUAAUGCCAGAAGUUUGAAACCAAGAUUUUAAUGAGCAGAUACACAUUGGGUAAAUACAAAGGCUGUCGAUAAACCUCGUUCAGGCACUUCAGCCUUCUUGGCAUGGCUUGUGUUUCCUGUGUGGGAUUGAAAUCCUUGACUACAUGUUUUCCAAAAAUCUUUAAAAAUAAACCUUUUCUUUAUCAGAA